UCAGCCACUGCCACAGCUGCUCUGCCAAUAACAAAGGCACAACAUUUUCCCUCUUUGUGCAUCUCCAACAUGGAUGCUUUUCAGGGCAUUUUAAAAUUCUUCCUUAAUCAGAAAACUGUUAUUGGCUACAGCUUCAUGGCUCUGCUGACCGUGGGAAGUGAGCGUCUCUUUUCUGUUGUGGCUUUUAAGUGCCCCUGCAGCACUGAGAAUAUGACCUAUGGGCUGGUUUUCCUCUUUGCUCCUGCCUGGGUGUUACUGAUCCUGGGAUUCUUUCUGAACAAUAGGUCAUGGAGACUCUUCACAGGCUGCUGUGUGAAUCCCAGGAAAAUAUUUCCCAGAGGCCACAGCUGCCGUUUCUUCUACGUCCUCGGCCAGAUCACUCUGAGCUCAUUGGUGGCUCCAGUGAUGUGGCUUUCUGUGGCUCUGCUCAAUGGAACUUUCUAUGAAUGUGCCAUGAGCGGGACGAGAAGUUCGGGACUCCUGGAACUGAUUUGCAAGGGUAAGCCCAAAGAGUGUUGGGAAGAACUUCACAAAGUUUCUUGUGGCAAAACUAGCAUGCUACCUACCAUCAAUGAAGAACUGAAACUGUCCCUUCAGGCCCAGUCUCAGAUUCUAGGAUGGUGCCUGAUUUGUUCAGCAUCUUUCUUCUCUCUGCUCACCACAUGUUAUGCUCGCUGCCGAUCUAAAGUUAGCUACCUUCAGCUGAGUUUUUGGAAGACAUAUGCACAAAAGGAGAAGGAGCAGUUGGAAAACACAUUUCUGGACUAUGCCAACAAGCUGAGCGAGAGGAACCUGAAAUGCUUUUUUGAAAACAAGAGGCCAGAUCCUUUUCCCAUGCCUAUGUUUGCUGCCUGGGAGGCUGCUUCAGAGCUGCAUUCUUUCCACCAAAGCCGGCAACACUACAGCACCCUCCACAGAGUGGUGGACAGUGGUCUGGAACUUAGCCCUGAGGAUGAUGAGACGACAAUGGUCCUUGUGGGUACUGCCCACAAUGUGUAGCUCAUCCACCAUCACUGACUCAUGGGCUCAUUCUGGGAUCCUCCUAACUUAUCACCAGUAACCUGUGUAUCUCUGUAUUUUCUUACAUUUGGAGUAUCUUUACAAGACAAUAACACAAAGGAAACUGCUUUGAAGGUCUCAAGUGGAGCAUCAGUAUGUGCUCAAAUUGAUGCUGAAGGGUGACAAAGAUGCUCUUGCAUUGGUGGAGAGUUGGGUUCAGUAGGCCCAAAUGUUGCUCCAAGAUCUAAGAUUUUAUCAUUCAACAGAGAGACUCAUGUGAGAGGGCUCAUCAGUCUCUGUAAAUAUUGGUUGCAGAAUUUAGGGGCAGAAGCAAUGGCUUGUGAGUGAGCAAGUUACUCUUAACACAGAUUGCCUUACACAGCGGCUCCUGCAGUGUGAUCAGCAGGAGUCUUUGUCCUUCAAAUCUAUCCUUUUAAGGAUGUAUGAAAUUCUGGAAUUCAUUCCCUCAGAAUCUGAAGACCUCAGUUCUCAAAAAUGAAAAGUUGCAAGAAUAUGAUGCCUGAAACUGAAAGUUUUUCACAUGUUUUCACUGUAUACUGAAAAUAUGCCCCUGGAAGCAGGGCUGCAUCAU